UUUACACUAAACGAGACCACCACACCAGUCAGCAGUCUACCUUUCGCGUUGUCCCACUACUACUCCACUCUACACGACUGUGCCGUGUGCCGCUGCCGUUGUAGUUUUUGCUCGUGCACACACAUACUCGCACGGAUUAUUCCGGUCGUCGCGUUCGUGUUUGUCCAAACACAAUACGAGUUUAUUUUCCGCCGUUUGUCGACGCUUCUCUCGUCAACCCAACCGACCGUCCGUUCGCGUCGUCCCCGAGUCUGUGUACCGGCGUACCAAUAAACCGACAUCUACCCGGCCGGCUACAAAGCCGCUACACCACAUUACGUUUGGAAACGCGGUUAUCGCGGUAUCCGUCGGAAGCGCGCGCGUUUAACCACACGUUGUAACCACCGCUCGCUCGGCGGGUGACACACGCACUACAGUCUACGACUACGUACACCGCACACGCACACCACACCGACACCGCACUCACUAGCACCGCCGCCGCGUCAGGAGCAUCGUCUGCUGCUGCGUCGUGUCUAUUAACCCAGUACACAAUAACCGCCGCGCCGUCCGCGUCCGGUGAUUUUUUCUCGUCGGUGUUUCGCAAUCAAUCAACAUAAGUAAAAUGGUAAGCGAACAAUACUACAAUAUUUUAAUUAUAAUUAUUAUUAUUAGCAGCAGCGUUUAUCGUUUGUCGUAAUGGAAUUACUGGCGCGCGUGUACCGGUCGGCGGCGUCCGUUGGGGAAAAAAAAAAUACCACGGUGUCGGCGGCGUCGGUACCGACCGAGAGUCGGCGGCGGCGGCGGCGGCGGUCACGGCUGUUGCCCAGACCAUUUAUUUUUAGACUUCAGACCGUUAUAUAAAUUAUGUAUAUUUUUAAGUUUUUUUUUUUUUUUUUUUUUCCACUUCGGUUUUUUCGCAAUCGGUUUGAGGUAGUCGUCGAGGCGUCCAACAUGGCGCCGCCGCCGCGGCCGUAACGCGUUUUCGCGCUUCCCGCAGGUGACGACGUCGGCCGUUCGCCGAUUAUGUUCGUGUCGAAUGUUUUCGUUUCCCACCAGAACGGCGAUAUCAAAGGAAAUCCCUUCGUAUCGACCGGGCGACGGCCUUGACCUUUCGGCUGGAUCGAAUCCGGCAUUUUCGCGCGUAGGUACACCAAACAAUGAAAAUUUACUGUUGUUUAAAUUGCGAUUUUUUUUUUUUUUGUUUUACUCGCACGUAUAAUAAUAUGCAGCCGUGUGGCGGCCUGUGACGACGAUGUGGGCCGCGCGCCGCCACACGGCCGGUUUUUUUUUUUAUUACAGUGUGUCGCGUAUCGGUCGGUGAAAAAUUCUCUUCGAUUUCGCGUAGUUUUUUUUUUUUUUAUCAUUAUUGUCCAUUUGAAGUCUGUUUAAUGUGUACUUAGUAUUUACAUGUCGUCGCGCGCCUUCUCGUGUUGUUUAAUAUUUAUUUAUUAUUUGUCGCGAUCGUUCUACUCCGUGCACGCCGCCGGUCGUCGGCCGACAGGCUUCGUGUCGGGGAGGGGGCGGGGGAGGGUGAUCGGCGUCGGCGGCCCCUCCGCCUGUACCGUCACCGACCGUUGCGGAGGUGCGGUGGACAUUCCCAGAAUGUGCCGGUUCGACCGAUAAUAAUGAUGAUGAUGAUGAUGAUGAUGAUAGUAAUAAUUUGUUAUUCUCGUACAUUACAAAUAAUAGUAAUAAUGGGUCCGUGUCGCCCGUUUUAUAUGGCUAUAAUGACAAAAGAAACGAGGUGGCAAUUCUGGUUUCAUUUCCCGUUUUUUUUCCCCCCCGAUCUCCGUCUCCCGCACCCACAUAUAAUUAAUUUUUCGUGCGCGUACGUUAGCGUUUUCUGCCCGCUAACGCCAUCUAGUGCCGACGCGUCGCACUUCGUAUUCCUCCGUCCCGCUCGUUGAUUGCUGCGGUGCGCCUGCGUACUCCGGGUUUUUCGUUGAUAAGUCGUUCCCGGCGAGACCGGGAAUUCUUGUUCGCAUUUAGGGGCGUUCGUUUUGCACACUCUUUUUGAUUGUGCAUCCGUCUUAUUUUUCGUCUUUGUAAAUCACUCUUAUGAAACUACAGUUUUUACACCGAGUACGAAUAAUGUUACUAUUAUGCCCAAGAAAAUGUGCUUUAAGGCUAUUGUGGGAGAUAUGAGGGCGUGUUAAGUUGAUAAGGAAACUGCUAUAAGCUGGGAUAAGUGGAGAAUAAGAAUUAAUAAGAGUAGGAGACAAUCUCACAUUCGUGGGAUAAAGGCGUAGAAGCAAAAGUAAACAAAAACGUGUUUUCUAAAACCAUCUAUUUCCUAUUCUUUGGUUUUUCACUGGGUAUACACUAAUGAAUUAAAACAUUUGUGUUAUGGGGCCAAUAUAAUAAUUUUGUUUAUAAGCCUUAAAAGUUAUUAUGAAAUAUCUUACUUUACCAUGUACCAUCAAUCUAAGUUGUGUUCAGAAUUGUUUUUAUACCUAAUUAUUAAGGCUGCCUACAAUCUUCUUAUGUGUGUUUAAAAAGUAUUUUGAUUUUAUUGGAAUCAUUCAGAAAUAUUACCUGAAACGACCUUGGCCUUUUGACCUAUACACCUACCCGUGAUUGAUUUUUCAAUUUGCAACAGUUAAUUAUUAGUUUUUCAUCUCCUAUAUUUUAACAGUAUGUCUGUUUGACUGUCAUAUUGUUAUUUUAUUUUAUUUCAUUGAUAAUAAUUUUCUUGUUUAUUAAAAGUAGCAUAUGAUAUUGAAAUGAAUUAGCCAUAAUUUAAUUAUUUUUUAAAUGUUAAAUGGAAAAAAAUAAAUACACUAAUUGAUUUCAUCAAUAAUUUUUCACAGCUUUUAUUUAGCUUCUUGACAUUUAAACAAAUUUACAAUAAUUAGUACAUUAAUGUAAACAAAUUGGAUUUAAUGUAUAAAAUGUAUCUAUGUGUAUCUAUAUCUACUUCCUAAUAAACUUCGAAAUAAUAAUUAUAAUAAUUAAUAACCAUAUUAUAUAUUAUAUAUAUAAUUAUAUAUAAUAUAUAUUAUAUAUAUAUAUAUAUAUAUAUAUAUAUAUAUAUAUAAAUGCAUAAUAAAUUCAAAAUAGUAGUUUGAGAUAACUUUAACAAUUAUAUUUUAAUUUUUAAUAAGUAUAAACAUCAUUGACCUAGCAAUCAAUUAAAUUAAUGUCAAUUAUAUUAUAGGUAGGAUUUUCUAUUGUUUUUUUUUUCAUUUGUAAUUGUGCCAGGAAAAUUUUAAGAAUGUGAUUUAGCUUUAGCUAAUCAUCUGUGUUUAUAAUAUUACUGCCUAGUUGUUAACCUAUAUUUGUGUUGACAAUAUUAAGGCAAAUUAAAUUAUUGACUUAGUGCAUUAUAUAUUAUGUAGUGGAAUCAUUUUAUACCUAUCUAUACCGAUUUAAAAAAAAAAAAAUGAAGGUAAUUUUUAUAAUUCUAUUUAAUUGUUUACUCUUUAAUCUAAAUUAAAUGCACUAUUUAUUUAUUUAUUUAUUUAUUUAAGUAAAUGAUAGAUCAUUUUAGUAUAAGCAUCGCCAUUUCCUUAAGUCAAAUUAUAUUUUAUAUUUGAAAAAUAAAAAUUAUGUCCCUACUUGUAUAAGAUCUUUAUAAUUGAAUUUUUUUUUUUUUUAAAAUAUAGGCUGAUCAACUUACAGAAGAACAGAUUGCUGAAUUCAAAGAAGCGUUCUCGCUAUUCGACAAAGAUGGUGAUGGCACCAUCACUACUAAAGAACUUGGAACCGUCAUGAGGUCAUUGGGCCAAAACCCGACUGAAGCUGAACUCCAAGAUAUGAUCAAUGAGGUUGAUGCUGAUGGUAUGUUCAUUUAAACUAUAAUUGUGUAUUUUAUUUAUUUUACGAAUUAAAACUGUGAUUUCUGGUUUUUUAGGUAAUGGAACGAUAGAUUUUCCCGAGUUCUUGACUAUGAUGGCUCGUAAAAUGAAGGAUACCGACAGUGAGGAAGAAAUCAGAGAGGCUUUCCGUGUGUUUGACAAGGAUGGAAACGGCUUUAUUAGCGCAGCUGAGCUGCGUCAUGUAAUGACUAACCUUGGGGAAAAGCUCACUGAUGAGGAGGUAGAUGAAAUGAUCAGAGAAGCUGAUAUUGAUGGUGAUGGUCAAGUAAACUACGAAGGUAAUAAAGUGGGAAUUUCUCCACUCUUAUACAUUUAUUUAUAAUUGUAAAUGUUGUUUAUUAUUAUUAUUAUUAUUUAUAUUAUAAAAUAUCUGUAAUCAAAUGGUUCAAAUUAUUAAUUUUUCUGUUGGACACAUUAUGGUAGGGUAAGUGAUUGCAUAGGCUUUUAUCAACAAGUGCAAAAUGCAAGUCUCUUAUUGAGCAGAGUGUGGUAAAAAAAUCCAAUUUUUUUUCAUUUUCCUACUGUUACUCUCUGUCGAUAUGUAUCCUAAUGUUGAUUCCGAACUAGAAAUUAAUAAAUACAUUUUAUUUAAAUAAUUGUUUAAUAGUUUUAUACUCUACUUAUUUUAUGUUAAUUACACUUUUGGUCCUUUAUUGCAAAUUAAUAUUAUUUUUAUUAAAUUGAUUUAUUUCAUUAAAGAUCUGUUCAAAAUGUGAUUAAAAAUAUUUUAAAUAUAUUUGUAUUCUCUCUUAUUAUAUACUAUUUUUAAUUAGCAGUAAAUUAGUUCCUUGACCACAAAGAGAGUAUGUAUAUGUCAAGGUCUCUUGUAUGUAUAUGAGUUCCUCUAUUCCAUCAUAACUCUUAAACUUCUAAAUCGAUUUAGAUGUGGUAUGUGUAACGUAGGCUAGGUGACUUCUAAAAAAACUUGAUGGGGGUCACCAAAAAUAUUAAAAAAUUAUACACUUUACAUGUGUAUAGUGCCAGUUAAAUAUUAUAGAAAAAUAUGUUAAUAUGUUCUAAAUACCAAUCUAAAUUACCAAAUAAUGUUUCACAGUGUUCGGUAUGAAGAACAGACUUUGCACUAGGUAGGUAUAAUGUGAGUGUGGGUACAUAUAAACUUCUCAAGAGAAUAAAAUAUUUUUUAACUUUUGUAUCAAUUGAUGUUACAAUAUUAGACUAUUUGGUUAAAACCAGACAGUAACAGUUAAAUCACUUCAACAUUUUAAUUAUUAUUUAUGAAUGAAAAAUUUAAUUUUGUUACCUACUUAUAUUUGUAUAAAUUUCACAUAUUAUUUUAGAUUCUGAGUAGAACGAGGAAUGUAUUACUUUUACAAUGAUGUUUAUUUUUUUUUUUUGUGAACAACUUUUCUACCAGAAAUUUUGUUCUAAUUUUCAAGUGUAAGACUUUUUCUUAAGGAAAAUUUUUGUGGGGCGGUACUUCAGGAAAAUCGUUUUUUUAUUUUCCUAGGGGUCUUCAUGAUAAAUAAAAAAUGUAUGAAAUGUAUUAUUUUAAAAUCAUAAUGGUCUUUCAAAACAUGCAUAAUAGAACUAUGCUCAAAAUUGUUAACAACAGUGGCCCACACUUAUCAUGUGAAUUAUGUACAUUUGUUUUUAAAUAAUAUCUGGGCCUCAUAUUGAUAAUUUUAUAUUGUUCCGAAUAGAUCAUACAUGUUUUGUAUCGCCUAUAUUAAAAACUAAUAAAUUUAAUUGAAUACAUUAUUAUUAUUGAUUAUAAACAUAAUUUGUAUUUUGUUAAAUGACAUUGUUGCAGUUAUGCAAACUAUGCCACUAAAUACUAAUCUUCAUGUUAACUAAUUUUAAUUUGGCUAAAAAAAAUGAUAAGGGGUUUUUAAUUAUUUUUAGCUUCCUUGUUAUUAUUUAUUAUUGCGUUUCUAAAUUUUUUAGCUUGUUACUAAUUUUGACUUUUAGGUAAUUUGUAUUUAUAUUAAUUAAUUUCAGUGUAGAUUACUUUAAUACAAUAGACAAUCAAAGAAAUUUAAAAUUUGGGGAUCUUAGAGUAUUCCCAUGGUUGUUAAUCUGUUGUUUUCCUAAUGUUUUCACAACUCAACUAAUUACAUUUAUUAUAAAUCUACACUAGAUUGGGUUUGUAUAAAAUAAUAUCCACAAAGAAGAAUUAUUCUUAUUAGUUACAUAUUUUUGAAAUUAUUGAUGUGUAUGUAGUCAUUAUUAUCACUUAUUUAUAGGCAUACAAAUAGUUAGGUAUUUCAGUGUUUUCUCUUUUUUAACAUUGCAGAUUUCCAUACUUUAGCUUGGACCAUUUUUGUACGUACUAUGGCCGUGGUCAGUGCUCAUAUCUAUAUUUGUGUUUCUUUUUUCUUUUUUUUUUUAUAUAUAUAUAUAUAUAUACAUAUUUUUAAAAACUUAUUUCCAUUAUUAUCCAUAUUUUCAGUGUGAAAUUUUGAUCAACUAUGUCAAUAACCAUUCUAUUGCCAUUUGACUGAUAUUAUGAACCCCUAGAUCACCUUAAAUCAAACAACCAUUAUUAUUAUUAUUAUUAUUUACAUGAUAAUUUCAUUUCUAGAAAUAGUUGUGCAUGUCUAUUUGGCAAUGAUUAAAAUGUGAAUUUAGAUACGUAGUUUUUUUGUGUUUACGCAUGAGUGUCAUUUCUACAUUUCUAUUUAAACUAAUAUCCUUUUAUCAUUAUUUACUUUCCAUUUUUCCUUAGUUGGUUCUUUUUUUUUUAGCAUACAUUUUACGGGUACAACAACGAAUACAAGAUUACCUUAUGGGGAAUAUAAAACCGCAAAAGAAAUCAAAAAGCAAAAAGAAAACUUAGUAUCCUUGCAUCCCACUUCCUGUACUUUUGGUUGUAAAAUGUUUUAUGAAAUAUUUGUUUCUAAUUUAUUAGGUAGAAUGUGUACAUGAUUGUAACAAUUGUUGUAAUAAUACCUUUUAUUAAUUGACAUGUUUGUAUUCUGUUUCAGAGUUCGUGACCAUGAUGACUUCUAAGUGAAAUGUGUUUCAUUAUUAAUUAUUAUUAUGUAAUUUUUUAUCAUAAAUUUUUUUUUUUUCAAAAAAAAAGAAAUUAACCUGCAUUUUUUUUUGUUCGAGUAAGCUUUAAAAAGAUAAUGUGAUUAUCAAAAAGUAAACGAAUAUUAAUUAUCUUUUUACCACAUUGGAACUCUGUGGACUUUUUUUUUUGUUGAGACAUUUGUUUUACUAUCAUCUUUAUGGUUAAUUUUUUUUUUCAAUUUCACCAAAAUCAGUUCUUUUAUUUGGCGGUGAAUCUGCCGUGUAAAUUUUGUAAAAAAAAAAAACAACCAAAAAAAUUAUUCCCGGCGGCAACGUGUUUUUUUCUUUUUUAUUAAUAUUAUUAUAACUAUUCGUUUCAGUUUUUGCUAGCAAUAUUUUCGUCUUAACAUAUUAUAUUAUUAUAUAUACAUUUAUGGUAAUAUAAUAAACAAAAAAAAAAAAACAAAAAAAAAUAAUAAUAAUAAUAAUCUUAAGUUUAAAAAAUUAUAUUAUACAUAAUUUGUUUUACACUUUAAAACAUAAUUUUAAAAUCUUGUAAUUUUUACGAUUAAUUAUAAUCUCCAGUGUUUUAGUAAUUUAUUAUUAUUAUUAUUAUUAUUAUUAUUAUUAUUAUUAUAUUAUUAUUAUUAUUAUUAUUAUUAUUAUUAUUAUUAUUAUUAUAUAAAUAUUAAUUAUUAUUAAAUAUUAGGACGUUUUCACAUUCCUCACUCACCGAUAAAAUUAAACAUAUAUAUAUAUAUAUAUACAUAUAUAUGUAUAUUUUUUUUUUUUUUAAAGCUAUAAUAAAUCAAUCGAUAUUCAAAACAUUUUACAUAAUAUUUUGGCAUGAUAAUAACUUAUUAGCCUAUUAAAAGUUAUUGUAAUUUUUUUUCCAUGAUUAUUAUAAUUUUUAAAAAGUAUAUAAAAAGACACACAUUAAACGCUUUUUUUCUUCACUUGUAAAAAAAGAAUUGAAAUUUUUUUUCCUCGAUUUAAACAGUCACACAAUUAUAUUAUGCACGUCUUUCACACACAUCCAUUUGGAUAAUAAUUGUAAUAAGAUUAUUAUGCAAACAAAUACAACGCUGAUGUAUAUACAUAAUAUAAUAUUGUUACUAAAAGUAUUAUUCUUUUUCGAGUAUAGUACUACCCUCUGUCUACAUUGUUUAACAGUUGAAAGUGGAUGAAUAAUAAUCGCUUGUGGUGUCUGACGUGAUUAAAUAAAAUUAUUGCUAUACUAUAUUUAAUUUUCUUUUAUAAAACAUAAUAAUAUAAUAUCUAAUGUAUUCAAAAUAAAUUUAUUGUUAAUAAUGUUUUUGCGGUGCAUGGUGUGUAAAUUGUUAAUUUAAAGAGAAAAUACCAUAAUUGUAACGAAUGUGAAAACAUGGAAUAUUAAUAGAUGUGGAUGAGGAUCACAACUGGAGAUUAACAAUGCCGUGGACCGCUUAAAACGCUGCCACCAACUUGAGCUUUUUCCGUUAUUUCUUCACCGUCCUGUGCCUGCAGUAUUAUAAAAUAUUAUGUUAUAUAUGUAUGUGUGUGUAUAUAUAUAUAUAUAUAUAUACAUAAAUUGUAAGUUAGUGCGCAUUAGUAUACUACUAGAUUUUUGACAUUUUUCUUCAUAUAUAUAUAUACAAAUUUAUUUAUUUAUUUUUUAUUUAUUUAUUAGGUUAUUUUAUAUAUAUUUUAAUCUGUUUUACUAGACUUUUGGUUGAUAACCGCAGUUGUCCUACUUUUUGUCUAAUAAACACAUUUUAUCAUUGUUUACUUGUUCUUGAAGUAGUAAAAAAAAACCAUCUACUGGUAAAAUAUGAUUUUCUCCGUCAUAAAAUACAGAUGAUUUAAAAUAAAACCUUUGAUUUAAUUUUUACUGUAUUUCACUAAAAACUCACCAUAAUAGAGUGUACAUUUUUUUUAAACUUAUGGAUUCACCUGAUGGUGUAUAU